GCGCCUGAGGGAGCGGCGGCCGUGUCCAGGCAACUCCGUGUCCAGGGAAGCGGCGGGAGCGCCGGGAGCGCGGCCCCUCCGAUGCUGCCCACUGCCCAUGGCUUUCAGGGAUGUGAAUGCCAGGAGACACAUUGGACUCCAGCAACUCUCAUCCUUAGCAUCCAUUGGGAGAACAUUCCUGGGGCCAAUGAAAUCACAUAAAUUCAUUGUGGAUGAAAGCACCAACCAGAGCACAUUGAUUUGUUCUGCUGUUAGACUGAUUGAAAGUUUGGAUUUGACAAGUGCUGCUGGACAGCUUCUUAAUGAAACCAUUCAGGCUCAGAACAAGGAGUUUAAGACUGGGAUGAGUACCCUGUUGUUCCUGGUUGGAGCGUGGAGCAAUGCUGUGGUAGAGUGCCUCCAGCAGAACGUUCCUGUUCCAGCAAUAGUGUCUGUGAUGUCUGAGGGGUUGAACUCUUGCUGUGAGAGAGUCCAGUGUCUUCAAAUACCAAUACAUGACGUAAAGAAAGAGCUGUGUUCUAGCAGAGUUAGGCUAAAGGCUUUUGAAAGCAAAACUGGCCAAGCUGGACGUGACGGUCUUACAAAUCCUUGGAAUUUGCUGUGUUUUCAGAGAGAUAUUUCUGCACCAGAAGAAAUAAUUCCAAUAAAUUCUAGUUCCCAUCAAGGAGAUGAUUGUCAUUUUAACAAGUGCCUGGUUUCAUCUUUGGCUGGCUUUGGUUCAGUGGCUUCUCUUGUCAAAGCAGCGGGUGACAAAAGUUCGUCUGUGUUGUCUGGAAGUGGUGUUACUGCAUCCAGCUGUAUCGCUGUCACACAGAAGUUAACCCACAGCAGACACUUCAGCACCCUAGGGAAAAGCCAUUUUUCAAGUCAGCAAGGUAAUUUUCAGGGAUACCUUUCAGGACCAUCAGCAGAUCCAUGUGGAUGUUAUGGUUUAGGACAUUUGGCAAUGGCUCUGAGCCACGGAAACCAGACCAGCAUGAAACUGCUACAAAGCAUUGCUGCUUAUCAGCAAGAGAGAGCAGAAUGCAGCGGCUCUUCCCAGAUUAACAUCACAGAGAUUGUGACGUGCUGCGUGCUAGGCCUGCCUGAGAGCUAUUCCUGUGUCUCCCCAGGCUUUGUCACAUUAGUGUCACCAGAGCAAGCCACAGUCAUCAAACACUUUGCAGACAAGCCCCUUCGGAUUCUGCUGAUGGAUGGUGACCUCACAGAGCAGUAUCGCCACUUAGGUUUUAACAGACCACAGAAUGUAAGGACCAUAUUGGAGCAUCCGAAUCCACAGGGAGGCAGAGCAGGAGAUGCGUGGCUAAGCAGAAUGCUGGAUGUUCUGAUGACCUUUGAAGUAAACCUGGUUUUGGUCAAAGGAAACGUGUGCGAGAACUUCAUGGAAAGGUGCAUCGGCAGCAGGAUAUUGGUAAUUGGUUGUGUGGCUCGGGAUGUGCUGUGUGCCUUUGGGGCGGCCACUGGUGCCCAGGCAGUGACGUACCUGAGCCAGCUGAACGCUUCCUGUGUUGGGAACGGGGCCCGGGCGGAGCUGUGGAAGGCCAGUGACGGGCGCGCGAUGGAUCUGGGUGAGCUGGUGCCAGCGCGGAUCAGCGCGGGAGGCAUCCCCCUGCUCACGGCCGUGCUCACCACUGCCCUGCCUUCCAAGGUGCAGCUCCUUGAAGACCAGUUCUGGACUUCGCUGUAUCGACUCCAUCACGCUCUUAAGGACGGGAAGGUUUUCCCUGGGGGUGGCGCGGUGGAGCUCUUGUGCCUCAGUCACAUCCAGGUGCUCGCAGAGCAGCCCGAGCCACUGGGAAAUGACAAACCUGUGAGAGAGUUUCCCAGUCCCUGGCUGGCAGAAUAUAAAUCCAUUGUGCUCCAGGCACUGGGAAGUGGCUGGAAGUGGUACCUCUCCGUGGUCCUGUGUAACACUGCAAAGGCCAGGUCAGAGCUGGAAGCGUGUGCUGCAGUGGAUCAUCACCUCCAGAAAGCGGCAGCCUGUGGGUCUCCUUCAGCUUAUAUUUUGGAAGAGUUUAAGAGAGGUGGAGUGCUCAGAGGUGGCUCUGAUCCCUUCCCUGACCAGGUCACAGAUUUAAAAGUUUGUGAUAAUGUUGCAGCCAAGACAGAGGCGUGGAGGAGAGCUCUGGACCUGGUGCUGCUGGUGCUUCAAACAGACACUGAAAUUAUCACAGGCCCCACAAGGAGCCAGCUCUUGAACUCGCCUGUGUCAGGUGAAUUUAUGUUUUUAUAGGACUUUUCAGGAUUUUUAAGUCCAUGAGUCAGUGGGAGAAGCCCGGGUGCAACUACUUGUCUUUAUAAAGCAAACAGUGAGAUGUGAUUGUGACUUUAGAAUGUAACAGCAGAAGUCAGAAUGAGAGACAGCCACAAGGUAAUUUCUUACUUCUAGAAAUGGGAGCUAAAUAACAAACAAAAAUCUCUUGUGGGCUUACCUCUAAGCCCAGCCGUGCAUUUCUAGCUAAUGGUAUUGCCUGUACGGAUGUCUCCUAAUGUCUUCUAAAGAAAGGUAGAGAUCUCUUACAUAACAUGGCUGUACUUGUGUUACAUGAAAGAAUAUAGUGUAAUUAUUUCUAAAUUAAUACCUUUUUCCUAAUUUCUCUGCACUGCAAAUGUAAGAGUUAAACUUGAAAUAACGUGAACGUUACAUUUUAUACUGAGAGAUUGUAUGAAUCGACUCUAUUUUUGCAUAUUUAUGUGCUCCAUAUAUCUCCUGUUUCCCAGUAUAUACCCUCUGGAAUUUCUCUGGUUUUGACCAGUCCAGGCUGAAUCCUCCUUUUGGUAUUACAGACUGGAUGCAUCUCUACACAGAAUUUUCUUUUAAAUUGCCAACUGGAUUUGUAGAUUAUUUCCAUGGGGUCUUUCAGCUAUCCUUGCAGAGAGGAAAAUGUUGCUGUAAGUUUUAGGUGUUGGCUAACAACUGGAAAUGAAUCUAUCCUGGUGAUUGAGGCAAGGCAUUUUUGCUGUGUUACAGCACUGACAGUUUGAAAGCUGGGCACUGGAGAACUGGCACUUCAUUGCAAGAGAGAGGUGUGUAACUAUGGAGAUAUUUUUUUCUGAACUUGGCAUUCUGAGUCACCUUGAAAGUGAAAUGUCUCACCAGUCUGGUGAAAAUAGAAUGGAAAACGAAUGGAAAUGGUGAUGCUAAGGAGGUUCCUUGACUUCAAGAACUUUCUCAUUAAAAUGCUCAUGGCUGGCAGCACAGAUAAUGAAAUUCAUACACAAAUAAGGUUGAGAUCCUUAUGGGGGUGUCUGUGCGUGUAUUAAAGUCGUGUUACGUUUCUGACCUGAAAUGAAACAUUUUGGUUUGCUAUCAGACCCCAGCAUUCAGUGGAUUUUGGCAAAAUCUCAUCAGUACUACAGGGGUUUAUAAUUUUAAUUUGGAACAGUAGUUCCUAACAGCAUAAAGGUCUUGUUAUAUUAAAGUCCUGAUCAUCCUGAAGUUACGUGUUCAUUAUUAAUCAGUUGGCAAAUUGAUGUGUAGCUGCUUGGCCACAUUCUUGGUGUACCAAGAUGUGAGAGAGAAAGAGACUGGUAGAUCAAAAAAGGCAAGAGGAGCUGGGGGCUGUUAAGUGAGAAUUAAAUGGAAACACAACAUAUAAAUAAACAAACUCUGCUGCUCUGCAAGGGUUUGCAGCUCA